AUGUUAUUUGGGCGUUUUCACAUCUAUCAUCAUAUGGAUACUAAUGUCAAUAUGUCUGAUGAUGAUAAUGAUGAAGAACCUUUAGAUAAUAGAGUUUUUAUUCAAAAACCAUUAUCACAACAGCAAGAAACAAUAAACAAUGAAAAAGGUUCUGAAUUAUUUAAAAAAUAUAUUGUAGUUGCACAUAAAAGAGCUCAAUUAGAAAUUGAAAGAGAAGUGCAUUUUUUAUCCGAACGAGGCGUCCAAGAGACGCCAGUCGGGACACAAGAGCCAAAAGAUCUAAAUCCAGUAAUGAGAGUGGAUUUUUUGCUCCAAGUAUAAUUAAUGAAGCU